AUGAGAAGAAUUCAUGAAUGGACACAAUUUUUCUAGCUUUAAGAAAAGCUUUUUACCAAGAAACCAGUGUAUAUCUUUAGAUAUUUCCUGAUGUACAAAGAUCAAAUGACUCCUAUUAUGAGGGAGGUCUAUAAGUUCAAUCCAACAUAAAAGUUGGUUCCUUAUAAAUGGACAAUUGCCAUCAUAAGUUGUCUAACGGGAGUAACUUUAAACUUAUGUUAUAAUAAAUACUUCUUUGAUGAAUAAUUUGUAAGGGAUCCUGGUUGUUCCUAAUAGAUAGAAAUGCCUUUUGUGUAUUGUUUAUAUAGGUUAUUUUGGUAUUAAUUAUUUUGCAUUGCCCAUGGUCAUCCUCUUGAUAGAUUUCGAGAUGCGGACUUCGUUAAUGCAAAGAUCAGAGCAGAUCAUUAUGAAUACUAUCAAAAACGCAGGGAUUCAACAUUUGAUUUCAUGUAAUUAGGAGAAUUAGAGUAAUUUGAUUUGGAAUGAGU